GAAACAAUCUUAAUUGGUUGUCCCCCUUGUCUUCACAAGUCCCUCAUAUUACAACAUCACUCACAUUCGGGUGAUGCAAAACAACAUUGGUUCAUCAAUCUCGUUCCGCCGUCAUCUCCACCGCCGCCAGUGAGGAUCCGAUCACACGGCGGUGAAUUUAGUGCAUGACGAGAUCUUACCGUUAAGCUUGGUUUCGCCACCACAUCCUCUGCUCCUCCGUUACUGCAACAAUGCAAGCACUGGAUUGCAUUCUUCCGGUGCUGCCCACAAUCUCAAUCAAUGCCAUUCCUCCAAAGUUUGCAUCAUUUGGGUCAACCUUGAGCCCCUCCAAGCUUCCUCUGGAUUUGAGCUUGAGUUCUGGUUAUGGGUGGGUGCCUAGAGCACCUCGCUGGAAGAGGAGUAGCUAUGGUGGUUAUGUGUGUGCUGCCAGUGGAGAAGUUGAUGAUGGGUUUUACAUCAGAAAAUGUGUAGAGCUUGCAAAGAAGGCUUUAGGGUUUACCAGCCCCAAUCCAUUGGUGGGGUGUGUUAUUGUGAAGGAUGGGAAAAUUGUUGGUCAAGGGUUUCACCCUAAAGCAGGGCAGCCUCAUGCUGAGGUGUUUGCUCUAAGAGAUGCGGGGGAUUUGGCAGAGGGUGCGACGGCUUAUGUGAGUUUGGAGCCUUGUAAUCAUUUUGGUAGGACUGGACCUUGUUCUGAAGCUCUAAUUCGAGCCAAAGUGAAAAAGGUGGUUAUUGGGAUGGUGGAUCCAAAUCCCAUUGUGGCCUCCAAAGGGGUGGAUAGAUUGAGAGACGCAGGAAUUGAAGUUGUUGUGGGGGUAGAGGCAGAACUGUGCAAGAGCCUCCUUGAGGCCUAUAUUCAUCGCAUGUUGACUGGAAGGCCUUUCCUUACAUUGAGAUAUUCUCUUUCUGUCAAUGGGAAUUUCUUGGACAUACUUGGGAAUGGAGUUACAGAAUGUGGUGGAUAUUAUUCAAGGCUAUUACAAGAAUAUGAUGCAGUUAUACUGUCUUCUUCCUUAUUCAGUGAAAAUAUGUCACUAGACUCGAUGUCUGCAUCCAAAGAACCUGGAGCCAAUCAACCGAUUCGGAUUAUAAUACAUAGAAACCCUAGUUCUUCAAAUCAACUGGCCACCAAUGAAGUUACUGAUAAAAUGAUAAUCUUCACAGAUUAUGAAGCUGCAGCUGCUCCAGAAGUGGCUCAACAAGGAAUUGAAACUGUAUAUCUGGAUCAAAUAAAUCUGGAAGUCAUCAUGGAUUACUGUUAUCGUCAAGGAUUGUGCAGUGUGCUAUUAGAUAUGAGGGGGAAUUUCAGUGAAUUUGAAGAGCUUGUUAAGGAGGGUAUUAAGAAGAAAUAUAUUAAUAAAUUCGUAGCAGAAAUUUUGCCUGUUUGGAAUGGACAUGCUGAGACAGAUCCUCUUCUGCCAUCAAAGAUAUUAGAGCAAGGACUUCAAGUGGUAAAUUUACAGUCCAAGACCUCAGAUCAGAGUGUUGUAAUUGAGGGAUAUUUUAAAUUUUAGAUUAUUGCAUUCAUGGAUACCCUCGAACUCCCAUACAUCAUUCAUUUUGUGCCAUGUUUUUUUCCAAGGCAUUAUGUGUUGUAGACUAAUAUUGAAAAGCAGUUUUGUGGUUUGCUCUGUGGAAACACAGACAAUACCACGAUAUAUUUACUUUCAUGUCAUGGCAUUAGAAUUCUAAAAUAAUGGGAAAGCAGGGUAUAUAAUAGAACAGAUUUUAAUUUAA